GUUCUCGCAUUGUCUCUCAAACAGCGGUGCGCCUCCACAGCAGCGAGACCUCCUCUUGCAGCUCCUCCGGCUCUCCUCUUCAGCUCGCUCACAUUCAGUGCCUCGCACGACGACCGACAUGGCACUGUGCUGGCCGGCAAACGGAGUUGUUUGAAGCGUUUCCACGGGGACUACCAUGUCCCAACAACGGGCGGCGAACUCUUGCCCAGACGGGUACAGGGUCCUCAACACCAGCGAACUACGGGAGCUUCUUCAGGAUGAAGAAAAAAUGGAUCAGAUCGUGAGACUCAACGAGAAGUUUCAGGAGCUGCAGGUGGACAGGGAGACCUUACUAGCAACCAAUCGAAGUCUUGCAGAAGAGAGCCUUGCACGCCGCCCCCGCCUCCAGAAUGGCAAGCGCCAAUUGGCUUCUAAGUACGAUGAGCUUGCGAAGUUGACUGCUGCCUGCAGGGAAAAGCAAAGCCGGCUAGAGGCCUACAUGAGGAAGCACAGUCCACAGACGGCUCAGAAUCUACUUCAAGAGGAGGUAGCACAUGCUGAGGAGCAGUCUGAGGAGCUUCUGGAGAGGUUCAUGGAGGGCCACGUCCCACUGGAGGGCUUUCUGGACUCCUUCCAGAGCUUCAGGAAGACGUACCAUGUCCGCCGUGCGCAGGCCGAGAAGAUCCAAGAGCUCAACCGGCCUGAAAGGAAGCAGAGGAAGCGCUUGGAGGAAGAGGAGGAGGCGCGGAGGAAGAAGGAAGAGGUACCAAAGGAGCCCCGCCCCAAUGGAAUCACUGCCCAUGGCCCGCCUCGUGUUUUUCAACUCCGAUACGGCCUCACGCCAGCCAUCCUCGUGCCGCUCUCCACGUCCUCAGCCACGGCUUCUGCCGCAAGUUUGUCUCCUCUGGACUCAUGCCCAAACCAGCCCCAGGCUUCGGGGCCCAGUGCCCCCCACUCCUGCCCCGGGCAGCCUGUAGGCCUCAGAGUGAUAGGACAGUUGCCAGGCUGGCCAGCCAGACCAGUCCGGUUACAGCAGCUGUACAGGCCCAGUCCACACCCGCAUGAACCUCCAUAUCGAUAACGUCCAAACACUGUGCUUUCAACACGAGGAACACAAACCCACGGCCAUCAACGAAGUUCUUGGCCUCUUGAAGCUUUGGGUCAAUGUAAAAAAUUUAAAUGAUCAUGAACGCCAAUUUCAUACGUCUAAAAGGGAUAAGAUUGGGAAGCCAUAAAAUGUUUCGUCUUCGUCGUGAACAAGCCUGUUGAUUACACCAGAAAGGUUUUGCACAAAGCAGGAUUUCUACAUUAGCCAGAUAAGUUACACUGGUCAGCCACUUUAUUAGAAACACAUACCUUGUAGCUCCACCUUGCUUGUGUACAGUUAGAGCCUGUAGCUCAUCUUUUGUUGCACAAUUUGUGUUAGCCAUCCUCUAGCUUUCAUCAGUGGUCAGUUUCUCAUGACAGAGCUACUCUUGGGUGGAUAUUUUUGUGGUGGACUGCUAUCAACAUACUUGCUACCAUGUCAGUGUUACUGCAGUGUUGAGAGUAAUACAAAUAACACAAAUAAUAUCUGCUCAACAGGAGGCCAGUAGUCAGAAACUGGCCAAGAUUGAAUGGGGUGGAGGGUGUCUGACAAGCUACAGUCUGUAAUUGUAAACCUAUAGAGUAGGUGGAAAUCAUAACGGUAGGGGUUUCUAGUAAAGAGCGUAAGCCAAAAGUCAAGCCUGUCCAAUAGGAAAGGUCAGAGCAUUCCUGUCCUCACUUUGGGCUAAAGUUAUCCAGCUAAACUGAAAAAAUCUGCUUUAUAUAAAACCCACAAGGAUAUCUAUGUCAUUGUUGCUUGUUUUGUUGUCCCUUUGUGGGGAUAAUGCAGAGUUUAUGCUGCUGCUUUUGUGAGGGAAGGGAUGAAUUGUUAAGACACUGCUUUCUGACUGGAAGGACUUUUUUGUUUGUUUGUUUGUUUGUUUGUUUUUGUUUUUUUUGUUUGUUUUUUUUGCCAUUGAUAAUUUGAGAAAUGCCAGGCUCGUGAUAUGCAUUCUUGUAAUGGUGACGAUGAUCAAUAAAGUCCAAUUAUGAUGUUUAUUAUUAAUAAAUAUUGCAGCCGUUCUGAAGUUCAUUUCUACCUCCCUGAGAACUCAUUAGAUUUGCUGGCCAAAUGUCCUGUGGUGGGAACUGUAAACAUUGUAAGCAUUGUAAGGAGCGGAACUAAUGUUGAAUCGAAGAACUAAGUAGUGCUUGCACCAUCUCUCAAUGUCUCUUUCUCAGUCUUUCUCAGUCUUUACUUUGAAAAGUGCAUUCUUACAGAUGGUCCAACAUUCUAUUAUUUAUUCAGCAUGAUAUGCUAGCACUGAGAGUGUUUGUCCAGGCUUUGCGUAAGACUUUGUUUUCCAAGGGUUUUUUUUUUUCCUUUUACCGUCUCAUAUAGCAGUCUGUUUGUGCUGUUGGCAUUGGAUACUGCUGUCAAAGAGGUGCGGGUUUGUUCCACAGUUACAGACAGUUUUAUUGGCCCAAGUUGAUUACGCCUUUCCAAAUAAAUUGGAACUAGCCUCAAAAGCGAAAGCAAGUGAGUUCCAGCAAUAACGACACUGGAAGUCAUAUCAAAGAAAGCAGGGACUGCUUAUUUAUGGAAAUCCUGCUUAAAAUGGAGCGCCUCGUGCCGACUUCAAAUGCCGCUUAUUUGCCGUGACUAAUGAGAGUGGUUUUAUUUCCAGGCGCGGAAUGUUUUUCUUGCUUUAUGCGGACGAAGAUGAUCUUAUAUUAAUAUCUGCAUGACUUUCGCUUUGCGGAAGGAUGUAGGAUAGCAGAUUAGAUCGAGAUUUGUGAUGAGAGAUGUGAGGGUGUUGUGGUCUUUUGUGGUCUGUUUGCUUAUGAAGGGAAAUUAAAAGCAAAAACAGAAAGUAUGUAGGGCUUUGCCUAGCUUUUCUUAUUUUUUAAGUAAUAUAGAUAGUAUAUCUUUUAUAUGAUAGACAGCAAAGAUGAUAUGGCAAUAAGGCAAAAAUAUAACAUCAUGAUACUUGAAAGCAUUUUCACAGUACACAAUAUUUUGUUUUUUGGAAUGGACAAAAUGCACCAGAAAAACAGAAAUGCCACAAAGUCUCUGAA